GACCUUAGUUACCAUGGCAAAGCCGCUAUUUUGUACCUUUCAAGAUGGCUGCCGGGGUAACUUCACACGAUUUGAGCUCGUUUAUAUGUUGUGAUCGAGAUUUACCUGAAUUUCAGCCCGGAUCUUCUUCGGCUCAUGUGGCACGGAGCACUUUAAUGUCGGAGGAGCUUCAGUUCAGUCGCUGCUACAGUAAACUAAAAGCCCUGCGACCCGCUGAUGGCCUGGGCUUCAAAACUGAACUCAACCUUCUGUUCGACCAGCUGAUGUCUGAGAACUACAACAGCAGCAGCAGCAACAGCAGCAGCUUCACAAAUGAAAACAUACGAGCACAAGACGUGUGUGCGCUGCUUGUGCACGCGAGCCGAUUGGUGCCUCACAGCCAAGAACAUCUGGUUGUCAAACUGUGCCAGUUGAUGCACAAGCUUCUGAACCAGCUACAGAUAAUUGUGGACGAGGGGGCGUUGGAUGUGCUUGUGUCAUACUGCAUACGUGCUCUGCACAUGUGCAGCCCAUGGACACACACAGAGGUUCUGCUCGGUCUCUCCUCAGUGCUGUACGCCAAUGGAGCCAGGUGUCAUCGUCACCUUCCAGAUCUUCUCGGGCAGAAUGGUAUUCUUCUGAAGUAUGCUGACCCCAGUCAGAGUGACGUAGCGCUCCGACACUGCGCUCUACACUGCAUGGCUAAUAUUUGCAUCUGUAUUCCUGGCAAUCCCUUUCUGGAAGAUCCAUACAAAGGAGUGUGUUACAAAAUUUUCCUGCAGACUCUUCAGUCACGGAAGCCGUCCAGCGUGGAAGAUAUCGUCUUCUGUAAGUUGUUGCAAAGUUCUCUGAAAGGGAUGCAGUAUUUCCUGAAUGGAGGAAAAUGGAAGGCGGGUCCUGAUCAGGACCUGGGCUCCCUCUUGGCUGUACUGAAGAAAUUCAUGUUUCACGGACUGCCAGGGAUAAAUGUGGAGAUGCCUCCUGUUCUGUACCCGGCGCCUCUGCCUCAGUACGACACAGUAACCAAAACCGAACCUGCGCAGGACGAGCCGGCUCCAAGGAAAUCGUCAGCGUCCCAACAGAAUAAAAAGCGAAAGUCUCGUGGGAAAGGGAAGAAAGCCAAAGAAGAGAGGAAGACGGAUGAUGGAGUAGAGGACGGUGAGGAUGAGGAGCCAGGUUCGGGGCCUUUGAAGAACGGAGCGAACAGAGAACCUGGACAAGGAAAGCUGCAGACUGUCUGGUCUCAAAAAUCUACAGACAUCAGUCUGCCUCUCCACCCAGAAGCAAAAACUCAACUUUACCCCUCUUGGAAGAAAGGGAGCUCUGACUCGGAGUUCUCCGAUCCUGAAGGAGGAAUGGCCUCCAAACUCAGACUGUACCUGGCUCGAGUGCGUCAGAGUGCUCUGCAUUGUUUCCUGGCUUUAGUGAAGUGUGUGGAAAAGAAGGUUUUGUAUGGCUACUGGUCCUCCUUCAUCCCUGAUGCUCCAAGCAUCGGAAGUCCUCCUUCUCUUACCCUCCUCACCAUUGUUCUCAAAGACCCGUCUCCUAAGGUGCGAGCUGCGUCUCUUCAGGUGCUCUCCGCAUUACUGGAAGGUUCUCGUCAGUUUCUCUCUGCGGCCGAGGACACCAGCACGCCCCGGCAGGCUUUUACGCCGUACUCUGCGAUGCUGGCUGCCAGUUUGAGGGAGCUGCACCGCUGCCUUAUGCUCGCUCUACUAUCCGAGUCUUCCUCCCAGACCCUCACGCAGGUCAUAAAGUGCCUUGCCCACUUGGUGACCAACGUGCCCUACAGACGCUUAAGGCCAGGUUUGCUCAGCCCUCUGUGGAAACAGAUUCGCCCGUACAUCCGGCACAGGGACGUGAACGUACGUGUGUCCAGCCUCACUCUGCUGGGCGCGAUGCUCUCCUCUCAGGCUCCACUGCCUGAAGUGCAGCUCCUCCUGAAACAGCCUUCCUCUGGCAGCAGAGACAGAGACGCUAACGCUUGUAUGGACAUCAAGGGAGCAGAGGAGGCUCCAUGCUGGCUGCUGCAGCUGUGUGUGGCUCUGGUUACUCAGCCCAGAGAGGAUUCCUGCUCUGACAGCGACACAGCGACGGCGACCUCUGGCUCACUCGAGCCGUCUCCUGUCCGACUCGAGGCGCUUCAGGUCCUGGCACAUCUGGUGAAGGGUUAUUUCUGUUUGGCUCAGACGUCUUUGAUGGAGUUGGAGCAGCUCAGCGCUCGCUGUCUCAGAGAACAGGAUCCAUCUGUGCAGUUACACGGAGCGAAGCUGUUGGAGGAACUGGGCAUCGGAAUCAUCCAGCAGUAUCGAGCCGAUCCCAGCACCUCUGAGAACGUCAGCCCGGUUCCACUGAGCCAGAUGGUACAGUUCUGGUCUGUCGUUUUGACCGGGCCGUUGACCGGAGCCUUACAGAACGAGCAACACCCGACGCUGCAGACGAGCGCAUGCGACACGCUGUCUUCCAUCUUACCACAAGCCUUCAGCCAGCUUCCGGACAAAACCCAGGUUCUGUGCAUCACGGUGUUGCUCGGGCUGACCUACAGCGAGAACUCCUUGGUGAAAGCGGCAGCAGUGAGGGCUCUAGGUGUCUAUAUUCUCUUCCCCUGUCUCCGAGAGGACGUGAUGUUCGUGGCAGACACGGCGAACGCCAUCCUCAGCGUUCUGGACGAUCGCUCACCCAACGUCCGUGCCAAGGCUGCCUGGUCGCUAGGCAACCUCACCGACACACUCAUCGUCAACAUGGAAUCUGUCGGACUGGAUUUUCAAGAGGAGCUCUCUGACAUGCUGCUUCUAAAGAUGCUCAGAUCUGCCACCCAGGCGUCUGCUGACAAGGACAGGGUAAAGAGUAACGCCGUGCGAUCUCUAGGGAACCUCCUGCACUUCCUGCAGCCGGUGCAUAUGAGUAAGCCAGCGUUUGCUCAGCCUGUUGAUCAGGCCAUGAGGGUCCUUAUAGACACAGCCAGAGGAGACGCUACCAUGAAGGUGCGCUGGAAUGCCUGCUACGCUCUGGGCAACGCUUUCCAAAACCCUGCCUUGCCUCUGGGCACUGCGGUGUGGUCUACCGACGCCUACUCCGCUCUCUCGACCAUCGUCACGUCCUGCAAGAACUUCAAAGUCCGCAUCAAAUCCGCCGCUGCUCUGUCUGUCCCUGCUAAACGGGACUGCUACGGAGACGACAAGCAGUUCAGCGAAGUCUGGCGAGCCUUGACGCAAGCUCUCGUACACAGCGAAGAAACCCAGGAUUUCCUCGAAUACCGUUACUGUGCCAGCUUGCGUUCUGAGCUCUGCCACGCUCUCCUUCACCUCCUGUGCCUGUGCCGAGCCAGCGAUCUUCCUGCGGUCGGAGCAUCGCUGAGGGACGAGGUUACACCUGCGCUGCACGGCUUCUUGGUCGAUUACCUUGCCAACGCUUCUGUUUCUGUAGUAUCUGGGCACAAUAUCGUUAAUGAAGACGCAGGAUGCCAGAAGGAGCCUACCGACAGGCUGAAGCUCAUGGAUCAGACUCUACUCAGACUGAGAGAGCUGGAAGGGGAUUUUAAAACAGGAAGCAGGUCUGAUCUGGACAUGGUGAUGGGAUUCUUAGAGGAUGUAAUAAAGACCUGUGAAGGGUUGAAGGUGUCGGACGGACCGGACACAACAGGCAGUAACCCGCCGUAGAAGCUUUUCGCGAUACAGUUAAGGAAAUUGAAUCACAUGCUGCUUUGCUGUAUCUGCCCUUCAAGACUUAAGUAAUAAUUAAAUAAAUAAAUAGAAAAUGUAUCAUGUCA